UCUUAUUAUAGCUUCCGGCCCUUGGGGCUCUGAGACCAGGACACAGGCACAACAGGGCGAUCUCACCGCGACCAGGGAGGGACCUGGGUCGCAGACGAGGGAGUCCUCGGUCGGCCCCGCCCCUUCCAUCGGGACCCCGCCCUUCGGCCAGACUGCAGCCAAAGCGCCCUGCGGGCUAACUGCUGGGCGGGAGUCCGGGCGAGAGGAACGGCCUAGUCUCGAGAUCCUGCCGCCCCGCGUGGCUGGGCAUCGCUGUCGCCCCUCUGGAGCCCAGAAAGUGCGUCGAGUGUCCGAUGAGAGGGAGUGGAUCUGAGCGGGGGUCCCCUCCGCUGGAGCUGGAGGGGGGGCGCCCCGCAGGAUGUCAACCCGGGCUCCCAGCGCCCCAGGAGGCGGUGCCGCUGACCUUCCAGGACGUGGCCGUUUACUUCUCGCCUUCGGAGGGGCAGCAGCUGGGCCCAGACCAGCGGGCAUUGUACAGGGAUGUGAUGCUGGAGAACUACGGGCACGUCGCCUCGCUCGGACUCCCUGUUCCUAAGCCAGAGCUGAUCUCCCAGCUGGAGCAAGGAGAGGAACUAUGGGUCUUGAAUCUUAUGGGAACCGAAGAACCAGAGCCCUUGAGCAGCUCCAAGCCAGAUUUUGAAGUCGGAAUGGACAAGGAACUAUCCUUUGUAAACCCAAACUUUUCUGAGCAAGUGAAAAACCCAGAUUUGGUAUCAAGACUCUCAAGAGGUACUCCACCAGCAUCUGAGUUGCAGGAUACAUGGGACCAUGAAGGUAAACUAGAAGGAAACCUGGGGAAUUCUGUUGGUCAGAAUUUGAAGAAACUCCAUCUUCUGAAGAGUGAUUUUACAAAAGAAUCUUUCAUAUGUAGGGAAAUGAGUCCAUUAGAAAGAACACAAGAGUGUGGUGCAUUUGAUAGAAACUUGAAUCAGAACCAAAAUUUUGGUAGGAUUCAAAAAAACAAAAAAGUAGAAAGACCUUUUAAGUGUGAUAUAUGCAACAAAGCCUUCAGAUAUAAUUCAGACCUUUGUAAACAUCAGAGAACUCACAACAGAGUAAAAUCUUAUAAAUGUGGUCAGUGUGGGCGAGCCUUUGUUCACAGCUCAAGCCUUAUUCUGCAUCAUCAAGUUCACACUAGAAGUAGACCAUUUAAAUGUAAUGACUGUGGGAAAUGUUUUGGCCUUGAUUCCCACCUCCUUCUUCAUCAGAGACUUCAUACUGGAGAAAAACCUUUUGGGUGUAAUGAAUGUGGGAAGGCUUUCAGUCGAAGCUCAACACUUUUCCAGCAUCGCAUCAUUCAUACAGGAAAGAAACCUUACAAAUGUCUUGAGUGUGGAAAAGCAUUUAGCCAGAGCCCACAGUUAACCCAACAUCAGAGAAUCCACACUGGAGAGAGGCCUCAUAAAUGUAAUCACUGUGGAAAGGCCUUUAGUCGAAAUUCAAGCCUUAUUCAACAUCAGAGAAUUCACACCGGAGAGAAACCACAUAAAUGUAAUCAGUGUGGCAAGGCCUUUAGUCAGAGCUCAAGCCUUUUCCUCCAUAAUAGGGUUCACACUGGAGAAAAACCCUAUGUAUGUACUGAAUGUGGUAGAGCCUUUGGUUUUAACUCUCAUCUUACUGAACACAUAAGGAUUCACACUGGAGAAAAACCUUAUGUUUGUCAUGAGUGUGGCAAAGCUUUCAGUCGAAGUUCAACUCUUGUUCAACAUCGAAGAGUUCACACUGGGGAGAAACCCUAUCUGUGCAUCGAAUGCGGAAAAGCUUUCAGUCAGAGCUCACAACUGGCCCUUCACCAGAGAGUUCACACUGGAGAAAAACCCUAUGAAUGUGAUGAUUGUGGAAAAGCCUUCAGUCGGAGGUCAACCCUCACUCAACAUCAGAGAACUCAUACUGGAGAGACCUCUCUAGGUCGCAGAAGAGAGAAUCCCAAAAGCAGUAAAUGCGAUCCAACCUUUGCUCAUGAUUCCAGCCUUACACCAAGCACUCAGGUUCACAGUGGAGAGAAACACUUUGUGUGUGAUGACCAUGGAAGAGCGUUCAACCACAGUACAAAUCUCAUUCUGCAUUGGACAAUUCAUACUGGUGAGAAAUCAUUUGAAUUAGUGAAUGUAGAAAAUCUUUCAGUCCCACCUCCCAACCCACUCAACAUUAAAAAAUUUAUGCUGGAGAGACACCCUAUAAGUGCUAAGAAUGUGGAAAAGCCUUCAGUUGGUGUUCAACCUUUAUUGGACAUCAGGUGACUCAUACUGCUUGGAGAUCUUAUCAUUCCCUUGUGUAUGGGAAAGCCUUCAGUCAAAGCUUAUAACUUACAACACAUCAGCAAAACUUAUAGAAGAGAAAUCCCCUUUAAAUGAUGAAUCUGAAAGCUACUUUAUUUCUAUCAAAAGGAUUUUCAUAAGAGACAUUAUAAUAUGAUGAGUGUGAGCAACAACUCAGUAGUUGUUUUAUGUUGGAUAGGCUAACAUAAUGAACAUUGAGUAAGGUCAAAAUAUUACCAAUAAAGUAAACAAGCAAUUUGGACGGCUAUUAAGCUUGGAAGUAAAUAUCAUUGAACUCAUCAUGAAAAAUAAGUUUGUACAGAGAUUACAUUGUAUUACAAAGUAACCUAUGUGCUCAUGUAACUCAUGAAUGAAGGACAUGAAAAGUGAGCUUGCCCAGUUUUGCCCUACUUGUUAUAUUUCUACUCAUCUCUGCCUUUUAAACACAUCUGAGGUGAUCUAGUUUUAUUCUUCACAUCUAGCUCCAGGUGCGUGCAUUAACCUUAUCCCACUUCGCAUGUCAAGCCUUAUUCACCCUCUAAUAAUCCACAGAGUAAUUAAUUGCAGGUGGAGUUCUUUUUUGUGUGUGAAGCCUUAGUGUUUGUAUUUGUAAACUAUAGUUUAAUUUUUUUGUCCUCAGAAAUUACAGUUUAUCCAAGGACAGCUCAGGAGCCAGCAAGGCAGAGGACUUCCAAGUAGCUCUACUUUUGAAAAUUAUAAUUAUUAUUCAGGUAUAAUUUAGUUUUUAUAUAAUAAACACCUUUUUUAGUGUACAGUUCCAUGACUUUUUGCAAAAACAGUGAUGUAAUCACCACAAUCCAGAUAUACAACAUUUCCAUCACCACUCAAAAUUCCCUUGUAUUGAGUAACUUACUAAUAUGCAGUUCUGGAAGCCACUGAUCUAUUACUGUGGUUUUUUUUUUUACCAGAGCACUGCUUAGCUCUGGCUUGUGGUGGAGUGGGGGAUUGAACCUGGGACUUUGGAGCCUAGGGCAUGAGAGUCUCUUUGCAUAACCAUUAUGCUAUCUACCCCCACCCCUGUUUCUGUUCUUAUACUUUCACCAUGUUCAGAAUUAUUCUCUAUAUGUAGUCCUUUGAAUCUGGCUUAUUUCACUUAUAUGUUGGAGAUGUGCUCAUAAUAUUGCAUGUAUCAAUUGUUGAUACAUUUUUACUGUUGAGUUCCAUUAUGUGGCUAUAUCAGUUAAUCUGUUCAACCAGAAAAGACUUUCUGGAUUGCUUUCAAUCUGGAGUAAAUACAAAUAAAGAUGCUGUAAAUAA